ACUCCAUUUGGAAUAUGUUAAAGUAUAAUCAAGUGCUUUGUAUCGUAAUAUUAUAUACUAUAGUAUUACCAUGGUUCCAAGAACCUAUUUUCAGCUCCUUUUAUUUCUUCUUUCAUUGUUAUACCUCAGUUGCAGAUCAAAUAUGGAGUCUGAUUUUGAAAAUUGGAUAUCAUGGAACAUGAAGAGUUACCAGAAAAAGUCCAUAAUGGAAAAGAAAUAUCGAAAUGUGAGUGCCAUUGGGCAGGGUCUUGAUUUGAAGCUGAGGCAAGCUGAGAGUAAGAAAAUUAGUUUAACAGUUAGCCAAAAUGGUGCUGCUGAUUUUAAGAGCAUUACAGAAGCUAUUAAUAGCAUUCCACCAUACAACACUAGAAGAGUUAUUUUGUUGAUCGCGCCCGGUGUUUAUAGGGAGAAAAUUGUGAUCCCUAAAACAUUGCCUUUCAUAACAUUCUUAGGAGAUUCAAGGGAUCGACCAACUAUUACUGGAAAUGAUACAGCUUCUGUUGCAGGAAAUGAUGGGGCUUUGUUGAGGACGUUCAAUAGUGCGACUGUUGCUGUGAAUGCUAGCUAUUUUGUAGCCAUCAACAUUAAAUUUGAGCAGAACACUGCUUAUGUUCCUAUUGGAUCGGAAGUAGACCAAGCCGUUGCGCUUCGCAUCAGCGGAACCAAAGCAGCUUUUUACAAUUGCUCCUUCUAUGGGGUUCAAGACACUCUAUAUGAUCACAAAGGCCUUCACUACUUCAAAAAUUGUUUCAUUCAAGGGUCUGUUGAUUUUAUCUUUGGUUAUGGGAGGUCUCUUUAUGAGGGUUGCACUAUAAACUCCAUAACCAAGAACAUGACCUCCAUCACAGCUCAAAAGCGUUCGAGUUCGUCAUUAGAUAGUGGAUUCUCCUUUAAAAAUAGCACAGUAACAGGUAGUGGACGAGUUUACCUUGGAAGACCAUGGGGAGAUUAUUCAAGAGUCGUUUUCUCUUACACUUUUAUGGACAAAAUUGUUCUACCCAAAGGAUGGAAGGAUUGGGAAGACCAAAAGCACUACUUGAAUGUAUAUUAUGGAGAAUACAAGUGUAGUGGGCCUGGAUCCAAUUUCACUGGAAGAGUUCCAUGGGCACGGUUACUAACGGACGAAGAGGCCCAACCUUUUAUUGGAAUCCAUUUCAUCGAAGGGGACACUUGGCUUAUUAGCCCUUAAUCCAAUAACAUAAACAUAUUUGCUAUUGUAACUGCGUUGACGUAGUUACAGUAUGAAUUGUUCGAUCUGAAUGGAUGGUUGAGAUCAUUUUAGUAUACAUAUGAUCUAAACCGUUCGAUGUGAAAUGAGUGGCUGAUAUUAAUUAUUGUGUUAAACUGUGUGUUUUUUUAACUGCAGCAAAUUUCAGUCAUUCAAUAACUACAUUGCUGUGUACUUUUAUUUUGUUAAGUAAAAAAGGUC